UCUACGCUCGCAUCCGCAGCGCAGCUUUGGCGAGUGCGAGCUGGUGUCGCGAGCCUGCGGGGCCGAGGUCCGUGCGUCCGGGUCGGCAGCUGGCGGACGCACCUUUGCAGGCCCGGGAGGCCAAGGGACAGGUUGACAGGAGCGGCGAGACCCGGGCGCGGCCUCCUAGACCCGACUGCAUUAGUUCUACAGAUUUUUCCUACCGCAGCAGAAGAUGAAUACAUCUUUGGCCCCGCUGUCAUUCAAGGAUGUAGCUGUGGCCUUCUCCCAGGAGGAGUGGCAGCAGCUGGACUCUGAGGAGAGGACGACCUACCGGGAUGUGAUGCUGGAGACCUACAGCAACCUCGUCUCUGUGGGGUAUCACAUUAUCAAACCGGAUGUUAUCAUCAAGUUGGAACGAGGAGACGAGCCAUGGAUAGUAGAAGGAGCUCUCUCACCUCGGAGCUAUCCAGACGAGAUCUGGCACGAGAGCAGCCCGAUGGAGGGAGUCCAGGAAGAUGAAGAGGACCAAUCACGUUCAGCUGUGUUCCGCUGCGGAAGCCUGCUCGAUGCUGCUCGUACGGCCGCUGAGGUAGCAAAAAAGCUCGCCCCGUCAGGGAAAGUCCUCCCUAAGUGCAGCUCCUGUGAGGAGAGCCUGAUGUGUGUCUCCGCGUUCAUUCGUAGCGAUGGAAGCUAUGCAAAACUGCGGCCCAAUGUGUGUGCUGGGUGUGGGAAGCCCCUCCUCCACGGUAAGCUUGAGAAAACACAUCCUGGAGACGAUGAAUUGAGUGGAGAUGGAGAGGAGGACUGUUCUCUAAGUGAAGAAAGUGUUUAUCAGAACGUUCGCUUUGUGGAGAAGCCUUUGGACUAUGUCGAGUGGCAGAAACCCUUCCCAAAGAGCGCUGUGUUUCUUAAUCACCUGGAGGAGGAGCCCUGCGACUGGAAUGAUUCUGAGGAAGCUUUUCUGCAGACGUCAGACCUCAGCACCCACCAGGAGUCCCUCGUGGAAAUGAAGCCCUACGAUUGCCAGCAGUGCGGGAAGUCCUUCUGCAAGAGGUCCAAGUUCAUCAUUCACCAGAGAACUCACACGGGAGAGAAGCCCUUCAAGUGCAAUCAGUGCGGGAAGUCCUUCUGCCAGAAGGGCACCCUCACGGUACACCAGAGGACCCACACGGGGGAGAAGCCCUACGAGUGCACAGAGUGCGGGAAGACCUUCUACCAGAAGCUGCACCUCAUUCAGCACCAGAGGACCCACUCUGGCGAGAAGCCCUACAAGUGCAGCUACUGUGGGAAGUCCUUCUGUCAGAAGACACACCUCACUCAGCACCAGAGGACACACUCGGGAGAGAGGCCCUACGUUUGUCACGACUGCGGAAAGACCUUCUCUCAGAAGUCAGCACUCAACGACCACCAGAAGAUCCACACAGGCGUCAAGCUCUACAAGUGUAGCGAGUGUGGCAAGUGCUUCUGCCGCAAGUCCACGCUCACCACGCACAUGAGGACGCACACGGGCGAGAAGCCGUACGAGUGUAACGAGUGCGGGAAGUUCUUCUCCAGGUUGUCGUACCUCACUGUGCAUUACCGAACCCACUCGGGGGAGAAGCCCUACGAGUGUACGGAGUGCGGGAAGACCUUCUACCUGAACUCGGCCCUCAUGAGACAUCAGAGGGUGCACACGGGGGAGAAGCCUUACGAGUGUACGGAGUGUGGGAAACUAUUCUCACAGUUGUCCUACCUCACCGUCCAUCACAGAACUCACUCAGGAGUGAAGCCCUACGAAUGUAGUGAGUGUGGGAAGACCUUCUACCAGAACUCAGCCCUUUGUAGACACCGGCGGAUUCACAGAGGGGAGAAGCCCUAUGAAUGCUACAUAUGUGGCAAGUUCUUUUCUCAGAUGUCCUACCUCACCAUCCAUCACAGGAUUCACUCAGGAGAGAAGCCCUAUGAGUGCAGCGAGUGUGGGAAGACCUUCUGCCAGAACUCAGCCCUUAACAGACAUCAGCGCACACACACGGGAGAGAAAGCCUACGAGUGUUACGAGUGUGGGAAGUGCUUCUCCCAGAUGUCGUACCUCACUAUCCACCACAGGAUCCAUUCUGGAGAGAAGCCCUUCGAAUGUAACGAGUGCGGGAAAGCCUUCUCUCGGAUGUCGUACCUCACCGUGCACUGCAGAACCCACUCAGGAGAGAAGCCCUACGAAUGUACAGAGUGCGGGAAGAAAUUCUACCACAAGUCAGCAUUCAAUAGCCAUCAGAGAACACACAGGAGAGGGAACGGGAGUGGGGUUGAUGUGGGAAGGCUCCUUUAAAGUCAGACGCGAGACCGUCUCAGUAGACUAGAAACUCCUGCCUGCACUUGAGCCCUGAGGUUAAGUAGGCCCUCGGUGCCCCUAGGCUCCGUCUCUUAGGACCCACCAAAACUAUGUAGGAAAAGGGGUUUCUCUACUGAGUCUGUACAGAUUAUUUUUUUCUCCAUCCCCUGAGCAGUACAAUGUAACAAAUCUUUAUAUUGCUUUGAUACGGUAUUAAGCGUUAUAGAUAAACUGGAGGGGAAUUAAAGAACACGAGGGAAUUACGUGGGGUGUACACAAUGAUGAUGUCAUCUUACAGACGUGGGUGUUCAGGUGGUCUCAGAACCACACUCCCGCAUACCAAAGGACACGCGUGUCAGAGAGCUCACACAAAUGAACAAGUCUGUGUGAAACAGACCCAUCAGAAGCUCACAGGGCAGGAGCCGCAGUCGGGAAAAGAGCACAGAGCAGACUACACAGGAGUCAAGAUGUAGAAAUAGGUUUCAGCAUAACCUCGACCUGCUUAGCGGGGAACUGUCUCAACUUAAGGAAUGUGGGGAGGACACACCUUCGGAAACUGCUAAUACUACAGGACACUUAAAAAUUAAAAAAAUUAAAAGGAGAGGGGCUGGAGAGAUGGCUUAGAGGUUAAGAGCACUGACUGCUCUUCCAGAGGUCCUGAGUUCAAUUCCCAGCAACCACAUGGUGGCUCACACCCAUCCGUAAUGAGAUCUGAUGCCCUCUCCUGGUGUGUCUGAAGACAGCAACAGUGUACUCAUAUACACGAAAUAAAUAAAUCUUUAAAAAAUUAAAUACUCUGCUAGAAAUAAGUACAAUCCAACUACAAGAUGUAAAAUUGUCAGUCUGCUUAGCCAAAUUUGCCGCACUAACCUGGUAACGUAGGGCUUGUGGCUUCAAUUUCGGUAACCGUCACACAAGUCUCACGUUCAUUUUAAACCAAGCUUGGAAAAGUGUGUGCUCUGUAACCUAUGGUGAGAUUACCCACUCCAGGUUCCCGUCCUGUUACUGUCUCCGUAGGCACUGCCACUGAAGUAGUUUUGGAAAUUACGAACUAUGCUUUUUCUCACAUUUUUUCCUUGGAUUUUAAAAUGUAUUUGGUCAUUGUCACAGGAUUCUGUCCUCUGUAAGGAAGCCAGGUUUUUUUUUUUUCCUCAGAAAUAUAUCUAUGAAAUAGAAAACUUGGAAUAGAUAAUUUUAAACUAAGCCGGAAGUCUAUACAGAUCAGAAAUAGCUUUAGCACUCACUGUACUGGGUACAGCUAAGAACCAUACUUAGGAUAUUGUCAUUUCUAUAUGCGUUAACUCACUUUUUUAUAUGGAUGCUUACGAGUAUUCGGAGCACAGUGGCUGGGUAGCAUGGUGCGUGCCGUGGUUAUGAGCGCGCCCUGCUGUCCCUUCCCUCAGAAGUGAGAACACACACAGAGGAAUGUGGCAGACUUCACCCAGUGCCUUCUGCCGCUCCCUCCUUGGCUUGUCCGAGUGCGUUCCUCCUUGGAUGAUGGGAGGUAACUCCUGGGAAGUUUUAAUUCCUGGGGAUAAUCCUUUCUCGGAACCUUGGACCUAAGUCCAGAGAAUCAGAAAUGGUAUGAGAGCAUUUCUUGAAAGGGUCUCCUCAGAGAGGUAGAACCUUGUGAGCAUCACCUUCUCUGGAUGCGGUGCCCGAUCAUGACUGCCAACCACAUGUACCAUGUGUAGUCCUGGCUGGGACCUGAGUGAUAUCACAGAGCCACUAAACCAACGUGACCUGUAGCCACUCUGGGUCUGGACUGUGGUUUUUGUUUUUUGUUUUUUCUAAGAGACUUUCUAAACCAGGUGACUUAGGGACAUUCUGAUAAUAACAAGAAGACAUUGUUCUGCUUUACGCUUUGUAGGAGUUCUACAAUUCUGAAGUGGACUUUAGGCAAAUCGUUUAUUUUGAUGUGUCCAUAGAGAGAUUUACUGUCUGUAAAUUUGUAUAUAAAUAACCUGAGAAUUGAAAAUGAACUUGAAACAAAUGUGUACUCUUC